AUGAGAGAGCAGGAGAGGAGGACCACAAAGAAGAUGAAGAACGAAAGGAGCGAGAUGAUUAUUUUGUUUCUUCAGCCACAAAAAAAAUUAAAUUAAUCAUCUUUUUCCCCCCUCAUGAGGAUUCCUUCAGGAGUUGAUGGUGCCAACGUGCACGCGCUCGGCUGAACCAUGCCACCUUUGUGGAUCCUAACUUUAGUCCUCACUUUGAGGCCAGCGUGGUGCGUCCGCUUCUCCCAGGAGCCCGCAGACCAGUCGGUGGUGCUGGGAGAGCGAGUGGUGCUGUCCUGCGUGGUCUUCAACUACAGCGGCAUCGUCCAGUGGACCAAAGAUGGCCUGGCGCUCGGCGUGGGAGAGGGCCUCAGAGCCUGGCCCAGGUACCGCGUGCUCCGGGCUCUGGACACGGGCCAGUACAACCUGGAGAUCUCCAACGCCGAGCUGUCCGAUGACUCCCUGUACGAGUGUCAAGCCACUGAGGCCGCCCUGCGCUCCAGGAGGGCCAAACUCAAUGUUCUCAUCCCCCCCGCGGACCCGGUGGUGGAGGGAACCCCAGAGCUCUUGCUCAUGGCUGGAACGCCACACAACCUGACCUGCGUGACCCGCGGCGCCAAGCCUGCAGCGCACAUCCAGUGGACCAAGAAUGGAUUGCCAGUGGAGGGGGCCCACCAGUCCACGGAAGUGCUGCCCGACAGGAAGAGGGUGACGACCAGGAGCUACCUCCCCAUCACGCCGGUGGACAAGGACAGCAGCAGCAACUUCACCUGUGUGGCCAGCAACCCAGCAGUGCCCAUGGGCAAACGAGCCACCGUCAUGCUCAACGUGCACCAUCCUCCAACGGUAACUUUGUCCAUUGAGCCUCGCUCUGUGCUAGAAGGCGAGAGAGUCACCUUCACCUGCCAAGCCACCGCAAACCCACCCAUCAUGGGCUACAGGUGGGCUAAAGGUGGCGUGCUACUAGACGGCGCCAGAGAGAGCGUGUUCGCCACCACGGCUGACCACUCCUUCUUCACGGAACCCGUGUCCUGUCAGGUCUUCAACGCGGUGGGGAGCACCAAUGUCAGCAUCCUAGUCGACGUGCACUUUGGACCUAUUCUGGUGGUGGAACCACGGCCCGUCGCGGUUGACGUGAACUCAGACGUCACCCUGAACUGCAAGUGGUCCGGCAACCCCCCACUGACCCUCACAUGGACCAAGAAAGGCUCCAACAUGGUGCUGAGCAACAAUAACCAGCUCUACUUGAAGUCUGUGAGCCAAGCCGAUGCCGGGCAGUACGUCUGCAAGGCCAUUGUGCCACGCAUUGGCGUCGGAGAGACCGAGGUUAUGCUCACUGUUAAUGGCCCCCCCAUCAUCUCCAGCGAUCCAGUCCAGUAUGCCGUCAGGGGGGAGAAAGGAGAGAUCAAGUGCUACAUCGCCAGCACCCCCCCACCUGAUAAGAUUGUGUGGGCGUGGAAGGAGAACGUGUGGGAGAAGGAGAAAGGCACCCUGAUGGAGAGGUACACGGUGGAGCAGAGUAAGCCCCCUUUGCAGGGCGGGGCCGUCCUCUCCACCCUCACCAUCAACAACGUCAUGGAGUCAGACUUCCACUCACCGUACAACUGCACCGCCUGGAACUCCUUUGGCCCCCGCACCAUGAUCAUCACCCUGGAGGAGACAGAUAUUGUUCCAGUGGGAGUCAUCGCCGGCGGUACGGUGGGCUCAUCCAUCCUGCUGCUCAUGUUGCUGCUGGCCCUCGCCUUCUUCCUCUACCGCCAACGCAAAGGCAGUCGCAGGGGGGUCACCCUUGGUAAACCAGACAUCAAAGUCGAGACAGUCAACAAGGAAAGCCACAGUCUGGAGGAAGAGGCGGCCAACGUCUCCACAGCAACCCGGAUGGUCAAGGCCAUGUACUCCUUUCUGCCCUCUGUCUCCCUCUCUCCCUCCACUCAGCCCUUCAAAGAUGACAUGGACCUCAAGCAAGAUGUCCGCAGCGAAAGCGACACGCGUGAGGAGUACGAGCUCAAGGAUCCGACUAACGGCUACUACAACGUACGAGCCACCACACACGACGAGGCCCGCCCCCAGUCUCGUGCCGUCCACUACCAAGGUGAGUUCCGCUCCUCUAACCCAAACAGCGGAUCGUCCAGCGCCGUAUCCGGUGGACCUCCAGUCGCUCCCAGUGGUGCAGUCCCUCCCAGUGCGGUUCCAGGUUCCAGGGCCGGCUGCUACGACCCCCGUCCUCCUUCUCGGAUCUCUCAUGCCACUUACGCCCAAUUCAACACUUUCUCCCGGGAAGCGCAGAGCCAGCAAGCAGCUCCCAGUUCGGUGCUUCAGUCACCGGGAGAUUACCCAGGAGAUUGCGGGCUGCUAGACGGCACGACCCAGUUGGCCUAUGACAACUACGGAUACCCCUCCCAGUAUCCCAGCUACCGUAUGGCCUUUGCGCCACCCAUCGAGGAGGGACCGGCUUAUGAGAUGUAUCCGACAGGACAAGGGACCGGGCAGGGGCAGGGGCCUGGACCGGGACAGCAAAGCCCCGAAGCGGGACUCGGGAAAUACGGAACCGCUACUCGCUUUUCGUACUCGUCGCCACCUUCCGAUCAUUCCAGCAGACACACACAGCGGAUGCAAACUCAUGUGUGAGAUACACACUCAGCAGUAUUACACAUAAAACGCAAAUAUACAAGAAAAGUAAAAAAAAAAAAACGCAACUCCAUACAUCAACUUUUCCAGAUUUAGCUUUCUGUUCCCAUUGUGUAUUGGAACAUCUCUACAUAUGCUGUAGUUAGCAAUAUGAAUCAACACAUGCAAGGUGGUGCUCACAUACGUUUGCCGUAUGUCACAUGUGGCGAUGAUGCUCGGAGAAAAUCGGCGAAAGCCACAAUCACAAAGAAGAAGAGCAGCGCCAGGUUGCCUUUGCAAAAGUUCGAUCAUCGUGGGAUCUUUUGGAAAGCGAAGUACUCAUGCGUGAUGAGUUCAAGCCCCUCACACGCUUUGUGCUUUUAUUCGUGACAAACAAAACAAACCUUAAUGCUGAAUCAAGGCAGCAUGGACCAUAUGGACAUAUCCGUGGAACUUUUGGACCCAAGAGCGAAGCGAGUCUUCUUUUCUAAAGACCGGACUACAAGACGCUUUUGUACUUGUCCGAAAAAGAGCAGUAGCAAGCACCAUCCGUCUAAUUUUAUAUCAUCGUCAUCCAUUUCGAAGUGGAGAUGAAUGCUUGUUUGGUGGUUUUGGCUUUUUCAUUGGGUGACUUUCAAUUUGUACAAAAAUUACCUCCCCUUGUCUUCAAGUGUCAAAACAUGUUUCCUUCACUUGCACAGUAGAAUAGUUUUUUUCAUAUUUAUACUGAAACUAAUGAAAAAAAAAAAAGUUUUAUAGUAUUUUUUUUAAAAGGAGUUGUGGACCAAAGGUUCACAAUUUUGGGUGACCACGUCGUAGCGUGACGACCUCAUAGCUCAGUAUUUUUUUUAAUGUGAGCUAUGACGUCGUCACCGAUCACUUGGAAUGGAACCGCUUGUAGACAAUUUAAAGAGUUUGACUUCAAAAGUGGGGGGUCACGGGCAAACGCUCCAAACACACAAAUGAUCCAAAACCAAAAACCUGGGAUGAGCCGGAUAUAAGUAUUCAUCACGGAAAAUGCAUUUUUGCAGAGUACCACCAUAAAAACGAGUACAGUUCAUCAUUAUCCAUAAUCGUCAUGAUGAAAAACAUCCUUAUUGUGUAUUCAAACAUCAUGCUCUGUGAUUGGCUAGCAGUGCUAGCAUUUCACUCGCAUAUGAACCUAAAAAUAAGACUGUGAGAGAAGAGAAAAUGAAAACCGAGUACUUUUUUCAACCCCUUAAUUCGCAUUUUGUUCCUGAAAUGAGGUUGUACAAAGGGAAUCAAACUGCAGUAAUAUUUUCAGUCUCCUAUAACUUUUCUUUAUUUACAUGUGGAACUCGAUUCACUUGGAGCUAACUGACGUAGCGAACUGAGAAUACUGAGAAUGAGAUGAAUACUGGAGCGUUGCAUGGUAAAUUGGCAUCAAACAUAAGUGUUUCGUUCAUCACCCGUUUACUGUGUCAUCAACAAGCGCCUACGAGUGGUUUGCUGCAGGAGCGCACCUCCUCAACCCGGUGUGUGUGCACUGCUGUGGAAGCCUGCCUAUAGUGGAAGUCAUUAAGUGAUGACACAGCAUGGACACUCAUUCAUUCUCUAUGAAAUAUGUAAUAUGUAUAUGCGGCUCGUGGGCCAUUUGUGGACCGCAUUUUUUCCGGGCCUAUGAACGGCACAUUGUAGACACAAACCAUAAAAUAAAAAUUGAAAAAUUUAACAAAAAAGCAUAAAGUAACUAAGUAAAAAAUGAAUGUUUAUACCAAAAACUAUGAAGUCUUACAGAUCACUUACACGCAUACACAGUACACAUACUAUAGCUGAAUAAUAAACAAUAAAUACAACAACUCAAUCCAGGCCAAUUUCAGACUAUAAUGUACAGAUUUAAACCUCACCCAUUUCUGUUUAAACCAUGGGUCAGCAACCUUUACUCUCAAAAGAGCCAUUCUACCGCCUCGCUCAUUGAAGAAAAAUAGGUUGGAGCAGCAAAACAUAAUUUAAAAACAAUAACUUUCGAAAGUUUGAAUCUUUCUUAUUUUUAACAAUAGCAGAAUAUAGCAAAUAGAAGUGAUGUGUGCAUGUGUAAUGGAAGCCAACUCAAAAUGACAGUGAUGACAGUAUCAUCUUGGUUAAACCUCAAUACCUUACGCCUGAAGAAAUGUGUAGCGCAGGGGUCUCAAACUCAAUUUAUUUGGGGGCCACUGGAGCUCGGGUCUGGGUGAGACUGGGCCGCAUCAGGUGUCCCCCCCC